CUAAAGGACUUAAAGUUCAAAAUGUGACGUCACUUCUGCUCCCAGGCUCCAACAGUGUGGUUAAUCAGAAUGUGAGCGGAUGCAGAGUUUUUCGGGGCUGUUCGCUAGGAUUUCUAUGUGGCUGCUUUUCCUGACCUACAAACUCAACCUCUGUCGGGGUCAUAUGGAUCGAUCGCUGUGCUUCCAAGGAUCUGUUUGUUUUAAUCAUCGGGACGACUAACUGGAGCCACAUGAAGAAUAAAGGGACUAAGCAGAAGACCAAAAAGAAAGGAAGUGAAAAUGUGUUCGGCUGUGACCUGAUAGAACAUCUCCAGAACUCAGGACAAGAUGUUCCUCAGGUUCUUAAGAAAUGUGCAGAGUUUAUUGAGGAGCAUGGGAUUGUGGACGGGAUCUACAGACUGUCGGGGGUCACCUCAAAUAUCCAGCGUCUCAGGCAGGAAUUCUGCUCCGAGGCGUGCCCUGACCUUACAAAGGAAGUGUACCUCCAGGACAUCCACUGUGUGGGUUCCUUAUGUAAGCUGUUCUUCAGGGAGCUACCCAAUCCUCUGCUCACAUACGAGCUAUACAGCAAAUUCAUUGAAGUGGUCUCGGUCCAGGGGGAGCAUGAGAGACUUCUACACAUUCAGAGGGUCAUCAAAGAACUGCCGGUCCCUCACUUCAGGACUCUGGAGUACCUUACUAAACACUUGGCCCACCUAGCCACCUUGAGCAACCAGACCAACAUGCAUACACGUAACCUGGCCCUGGUUUGGGCUCCAAAUCUACUACGAUCUAAAGAUAUUGAGGCGUCAUGUAAUAAUGGAAACAUGGCUUUCCAGGAGGUGCGGAUACAACAGUCAGUGGUUGAGUUUAUUCUAAACCACACAGAGGAGAUCUUCAGUGAUUCUGUGCAAAUCAAACCCAAAGAAGGGCCGAGUUUGAUGUGUGGGGAGAAGUAUGCCACACUCCCGAUCAGUGGCCAGUCGGUGCCGAUGAAACUGAUGAGCCUGGAAGAAGCCCAGGCCCGGUCCUUAAGUCCAAACCAUCCGGUGCAUAGAGAACGUCAGCGAGAGAACAGUCUGCCUGAUACCAGCACCGCCACGCUUUACCACACCGUCAUAGACAUAUCAGACAGCAAGAGAAAGUUUUCUGGGAAAUCAAAGAAGUGGAAGUCCAUCUUCAACCUGGGACGGUCUGUGGAAUCAAAGGGAAAACUGAGCCGGAAUGGCAGUGUGUUCAUAAGAACACCAGGGACAGAAAAGGCAGCUCUUCGUCCAUCCAGGAGCAUGGAGUCGUUGUGCUCCUUACCAACAGAUGAUGAAAGAACAGGAAACAAAAGUCCAGCCGGUGGAUCCGGCAGCACUUCUGUUCCAGAUGUAAAGUCCAGAACGCUGGGAUCUGACUCGCUCUUUGAUCUGAGUGAACACGAUGCAAACUGGGAGUUUAAAGGGACCAAAACUGGAGGGGCAACAGGUGGCUGGAGCUCUAGCAUGGACCAGAAGGGGUCACCAGGUGCCUCUGCGGCCCCUCAAAAAACACUGCCAGAGCAACUGAAGGUUUUCAAAGGUGAUGACCUCAUCGGCUACAAGCCCACCUCUCCGAAAAGCCGGAGGAUGUUAUACUCGGGAUCCUCCCACAACAGCUCCUCUCGACCCUCCUUCCCAGGAAGCUUCUUCCCGCUGGAGUCCUCGCCGAGGCAUCAGCGGCGAGCUGUCAACAUAUCAGAGCCUUUUGCUGUGUCCGUACCCCUGCGUGUGUCAGCCGUUAUCAGCUCCAACAGCACGCCGUGCAGGGUGCACAUCAAGGACAAAGCUGCUUCUCUGAAACCUUGCAGAGAGAGCUCAGAGCAGAGCGCCAACAGUGGAAAGAGCAACACUUUCCCCCAGCUGGAACCCAAGAAGCAGGAAGGAACGGAGAAGAAAAACACAGAGGAGCCGACCUCUACAGUCCUGCCAAAGGAUGCAGGCAAAGAAAUGUUGCAAGAAGGUCAAGGAGGGGUGAAUACUUCUGAACUGGAAACAGCGUCCCAUGCAAAUGCAAAAGAAGGCAAAGAUGCAGCGCCAUCUCCUGGGAAGGAACUGCACAACCAGCAGAUAACCAUGCAACUGAACAAGGGAUCUUCUACUGGGAGAGAACUGUGGUCUGACCUCCACCAAGAGCUGAAGAUUACUGAACCUGAAAUCGACCUGCUGGGUGAGACUUUCAAACCCUUUUUCCACUCCAAGAGCACCGGUGAGGGCACGAAGUUAACAAUGGAUGUUAAGUCAAAACGGAGCCGCAGCUCUCCGUCUCUGUCGUUGUUAUUUAGGGAUCAGCCUUCGUAUACCUCUCUGAGUGAUCGAGUUACCCCCACUGGAUCAGACUCUGCAAAGAAACAGCCCUCAGAGUCUGACAUCUUAUUGUCUGUUAACAAAGACACUGAAAGCGUCAGCGCUGAUAUGGUGGGUGAAAAAGAGAAGAAGCUGCAUCUUAAAAUCAAACCCUUAAACAAAGAUGACAAAAAACAGUUACAACUUCCUUUAAAAGUAACCUGUUUGGAUAAAGUGGUCGUUCCUUUUGCGAUAGAGGAUACUCCAACUGCUGUAGGCUUCUCAGGAGCCGAUGAUACCGACAAAAAAUUGGAGAAACUUGAUAUCCCCCAAGGAGACAAAAAGGACUCGGGUGAUGCACUAAAGAAGAACGUGAUUCCUGAGGUGGAGCUUAUUCAGAGGCUGUCGGUGUGUUUGGAGGAGAGACGUAACACCUUGGAGCUGCCAAACCUUGAGAACGACUACGUAUGUGGAGGAAAUCCAGAGGAGCUAGACUAUGUGGAGCCCUGGGAGGAUUUUAGCUCCACCAAGCAGUGGGUGACCAGUCCGCUCCACUCACCUGACGUAGAGGAGCUGUUUAAGCAGCUAUCACCGUUCGGCUCUCGUGAGGAAACUCAGAUUUCAUCUCCUCCAGUUGAAAACAACAAACAGUGUCUCAUUAAGAGCGCUGAACACUCCUCAGGAAACAUUCCUCAGACUACCAGUAGCAAACCAGAGACUAAAUGGACGUGUUUGCCGUCAGGGAUCAGUGUGAACAGCAGUAACACAACACAACCUCACGCAGGAAAAUGCAGCGCAGCCAAACAGAGGAAUACAGCAUCAUCUCAGAGGUUUUACCGGCAGAUGUCUUAUGAGGCAGAGAAAAGAGAGGAGAAUGGCUUUUCUAAACACAGACCGUAUUCACUUAACUUAGACCUGGGGUAUCGGUGCAUCAGAGACAUUUCAAAUCAGCAAAACCGUAACUCAUCUGAGUUUUCCUCUUGUCAGAGGGGAUUACUGACCUCCUCUGAGUCUGUGAGUAACAGGCUGCCCUCGGAGUUGGAGUUGUUUCUGAGCGAUCGGCAGGCGCCUCUACGCCGAAAUUCAGCCCCGGUGAGCGUGUCAUCGGUGCGAACAGCCUUCAUGAUAAAAACGUGCCAGGCCAAAGCUGUGCCCGUCAUCCCUCCGAAGGUGCAGUACAGCCAGAUACCUCCCUCCAGAAACGAGAAGGACUUUGAUGCAGCGAAAGAACAAGAAAAGGAGCAUCCUAAAAUGACUGCAGAGAAAAGCAAUGCUGCACCUCCUCCAGUGAUGUCAGAUCUAAAGGAGGAGCUGGAGAAUAAAGAGCCUGAACCCAAGCACCUAAAACAGCCUCAUGUUACCGAGUCUGUGAAGACCACAUCUACUCCAGAGCUGCCAGUCAUCAGGAGGAGACACGCGCCCAGUCUGGAAGUGUUUGUUGACUGUCCCAGACCCAACAGAGGGAACAUCUUACAGAGACCGUCCUUCAGGAACAGACAGAGACCUCAAAGUCUAAUCCUGCUCAGCCCUCCGUUUCCCAUCAUGGACUAUCCUCCAUCAGGAGAUGACGGCAAGCUCCUUUCGUCCAUCAGGAGCCUGAACGACACCUCAGCAGUGAACGUCUUUUCUAAAGAGAUGGGGGAGAACUUAAGGACGCCUGAGGGGAUCGCCCUUCAAAACAAAAUGACGAUUCCAAAAAGUGGACAGAGACUGGAAACGUCAACCAGCUGCUUCUACCAGCCGCAGAGGAGGUCGAUGAUAUUUGACAGCAGGAGCCACAGACAGAUUGAGUGACUGCUGUCGCUGACUAUGAGACUGGCUGUGUGUUUAUGGAGACAGUAUACGAGGAAAGUGAAAUGAAGAAUGAUAUGAUGACCUAGUGUAAUUCAUAGCAUUGUGUUUGCUAUGAUUCACACAUUGAGGGUGGAAGGCUUUGUGUAGUAUUUGAGAAGGUUUUGAGGAAGACAUGAUGUAUGUGAAAGCCAUUUAAGCUUGACUGAGAUCUAGGCGACCCAUGAUUUUUUUAUUUUUUUAUUUAGCUGAUUAUUUUCUCGAUUUUUUUUUAGUCGAUUCAAUGUUUUGUCUUUAAAAUAGUAUUUAAGUUUCCCAGUGCCCAAGAUGAUGUUUUAAAAUGACUGGUUUUGCGAAAAUUUAAAGAUAUUCAGUUUAUUACCUCAGAAAACAAGUAAAGGUAGUUAAACAAAAGCAAUAGUUAACUCAAGGUCCUCUUACUUGCUUUUUCAAGAGGUUUCACCCGCAUCUCACAGUCUUUCUCAGAGGAUGGAGUUUAUUCUGUUGUCAUGGAGAUAGCUCACUGAGCCAUUCACUGAGGAAGACAUUGAAAUGCAGCUGAAAUCUCCACAAAAAGCUAGUAACUGGGCCAUUUUUUUGUCUAAUUCAAAAGGAUUAGAUUCUUAUUUUUUUAAUAAAAAAAGGUCACCCGGUUUCUAGUAAUCAGCAAACAGUUUGUGUUGGUCACUGGAAAUGUGGAUAAAAACUUGCUCAUGUCUUUUCAGGGGCUUCAUAUUUUUUAUGUCUGGAUUCUACUACAAAAUCCUCAGUUUUAGAAGAAUCAGAAUAGAGGCAUGUUAAACAAACAAACACGUGCAAUCAGUGUCUAUGUUAUGACAUAUAGUUGGAUUAUUUGAAUUUACUGACCUAUCAACAGAGUUCAUUCAUCAGAUUGCGACCUCUUCACAUUAAUAUUCUGAACUCAAUUUUUUUUUGAACAUUAAGGGCUCUGAAUACAGGAAGUUUGCAGUGAAAGUAAACAAAAAAUGGUAAACUGAAGAAUUGAGAAUUUAACUGUUUAACAACCACAAAUUUGAUCACAUAGAUGAAGAUGUGUUUAUUUAUUCCUUUAUUAAGAUACACGUUAUAUGAAGUAAACCUGAUACCUAUAUGCUGUAUGUAUUAAUUGGCUCCGUGAUAAGCUGAUUUUUUAAAACUAAUAUUUAAAAGGAAAUUCAUUUUUUUCUGAUUUAAAUACAUCAAACCAGAUUUAUGGUAUUUACCCAGAGAGGAACUUUAAUUUGUCUGCAUUUUUGUUUUCUGUAAUUAUUUUGGUAUUUUAUGGCCAUUUUUUGUUGAUUGCUUGGUUUUUGACAAUAAUGAGAACCAGCAUUGUAGAAAAUAGUAAAGAGUUUGUGAUGUUGUCAUAAGUAAAACCCUGGAGCUGCUCCGCUGACAGUGAACUGCAGGUUGACUUUGUGCACGCUGACUGUAUUUCAUGUGUUUGAAUCAAAGUCAGAUGAUGGUAUCUCCAGGUAUUUGUCUAUUUUCUUUGCAUUUAACGAAACACAGGAUCUGAUGUAUUUAGCUUUAUCACCCAUGAACCUAACAUAGGUUGGUUGUUUGAGGAGUAUACAGUGUAUUUUCUAAAGAUGCGGAUGUUAUUGAGGUCACAUUAUUUUUAAACUGAAGUUUGGAUGGACCGGAUGAAUGAUGGCAAUGUUUGUUUGUUGUUAUAAACUGUAUUUUUUAUUUGUUUUGUAACUUUUGUAUACUUGUUGAUACUGAAAACGAUUGACUGAAGCGUCUGUAUUCAUAGAAAAAACAACUGAAUUAAGAAUUUUUAGAUGAGAGUUUUGCUUUAAGUAUCUGAUGGCGGCACCUGAAGAAAUGUAAAAAAAGACACUUAUGAGAAUAAAAAGUUCUGAAAAUCACACGGGUCAGUGGUUCCAGUGGCUUUCAUUAAAACAUGCAGGGUCAA